CAGUAUUUUUAUUUUUUGUUGGUUGGGAUUGUAUUAGAAGUGUGAAAUAAGAAACUCAUAUUGUUUCGUAAAUUAACAUUUAAUAAACGAUUUGUUUUAUAUUUGAAGAAUAAAAGAAUCAUUAAAACAAAGCCUUCAACCAUAUUUAAUAAUUCUUGUGAAAAAUCAAUAGAAGCCAUGAAUUUCUUAAGGCAAACAUUCAAUGUUACGAAACAAAUUACAUGCCAAGCAUUUAACACAACUCUUUCAACAAUGGUGCGUGAAAUGGCGUCUCUUCAACAAAUGCAUAGACGUGGUCCUCACUUCAAGACUCGCCCACCACGUCAACCGCUCGAUGGUAAGCCUUUUGCCAAAGGUGUUAUCCUAAAGACGCUCAUUAAAAAACCAAAGAAGCCUAAUUCAGCCAAUCGAAAAUGUGUCCUUGUGCGCUUAUCAACUGGUAAAGAAAUGGUAGCAUACAUCCCCGGAAUUGGCCACAACCUGCAGGAGCACAAUAUUGUCCUUUGUCGUGUAGGUCGAUUACAAGAUGUCCCCGGUGUGAAACUCAAGUGUGUUCGAGGUGUUUAUGAUCUUCCUCAUGUAAUCAAAAAACAACAAUAAAAACGCAACAAAAGAUUCAAAAAUAAAUUCCCCUUUUUAAAUCGGA